AUGGACACAAAAAAGGCGCUUGUAGUAGGAAUCUCAGGGUGCUCAUCAAGUGGGAAAACAACCCUUGCGAGGCUGCUGCGAGACAUUUUCCCCCACACUUUCAUUCUUCACGAGGAUGACUUUUAUAGACCUGAGGCUGAACUGCCCACGAAGAAUGGUCUUCUAGAUUGGGACUGUGCCGAGGCUAUCGAUAUCCCUGCUAUGGCUGAGUCCCUGGCUUAUAUCCGCCAACACGCUGCCUUUCCUCCCACUCUAGACUCCAAGGAAGAUCAAAACUCUGUGGGCAAGUGCCCCGUCUCAGAAGCCACUAUCGCCGCCCAGCGCGCCAAGGUCGAUGCCGCUCUAGGCCCUGACCAUCCCCUCCAGACCAACCUGCGUCUGUGCUUAUUCGAUGGAUUCCUACUAUAUUCGCCCUCCAUGGCUGCUAUAAAGCCAAACUUGGACAUCAAGCUCUUCCUGAGGACGACGUACGAAAAGGCCAAGAGGAGAAGAGAGGCUAGAGAUGGAUACGUUACCCUUGAAGGCUUCUGGGCGGAUCCUCCGGGAUACGUGGAUAAGAUUGUUUGGCCCAACUAUGUGGAAGAACAUGCCUGGAUGUUUGAAAGCGGCGAUGUUGAGGGCAAUUUCAAGACGGACGUUUUGAAUAAUGAGGGGAUCAAGGUGCAGAGUGAUGUAAGUGCUGAUGGGGAUAUUGAAAAGACAUUUGAAUGGACAGUGGCUACUAUUCUACAAGAACUUGGAAAGCAACUCUAG